ACCAGCUGGUGGCAGUAUUGUCUCUGUAUAUCCCAAGUCUGGCAGUGUCAUUUCAAGAAGAAGAAUGUUGUGGCGUCACACCCCGGCUGUUUAAAUCAACAUGGCGAACAUUCGUUGCGUCAAGGGUAUGGUUGGCCUAGUGACAGGCGGUGCGUCUGGUCUGGGCCGGGCCACUGUAGAGCGUCUGGUACAAAGUGGAGCGUCUGCUGUCAUUCUGGACCUGCCCUCCUCUGAAGGACAAACUCUGGCCACCAGUCUGGGAGAACGCUGUGCCUUUGCACCUGCAGAUGUGACGUCAGAGGCAGAUGUGAAGUCUGCCGUGUCCCUGGCCGUAGAGAAGUUCGGGAAGCUGGACCUCGCCGUCAACUGUGCGGGAAUCGCCGUGGCCGUCAAGACUUAUAACUUCAACAAAGACCGUCCUCACUCGCUGGAGGAUUUUCAACGUGUCAUCAAUGUGAACAUCGCUGGAACUUUUAAUGUGAUUCGCCUUGCUGUUGGUGCGAUGGGAAAGAAUGAACCUGAUAAGGACGGACACAGAGGCUGCAUCAUCAACACUGCCAGUGUGGCAGCCUUUGAUGGACAGGUUGGUCAAGCAGCGUACUCAGCUUCCAAAGGCGGCAUCGUUGGAAUGACUCUUCCUAUUGCACGAGACCUGGCCCCCAUGGGCAUCAGGGUCAUCACUAUAGCACCAGGUCUGUUCUCUACUCCCCUCCUUGCCAGUCUUCCAGAGAAGGUGCGCUCCUUUCUUGCUCGUCAGGUGCCCUUCCCUUCCCGCCUUGGGGACCCCGCUGAGUUUGCUCACCUGGUGACAUCACUGGCCGAGAACCCCAUGGUGAAUGGGGAGGUCAUUAGACUGGACGGAGCCAUUCGUAUGCAGCCCUAAGAUGAACGUGUAUGGAAAUGAAUGUGUGUGUGUGAGUGAGUGAGUGAGUGAGUGUGAGAAUGUGUGCAUCUAAAUACAAUUAAUAAAUAAACUCAUCUCAGUUGUGCGAGAUGAAGAAAAUGUGGCUAAAUCUAACUGUACAUCCUGAAUCCACCUGUUUUUUAAACCACUGGUUAAUUCUA